AUGAUUGUCACUGGAUUGAAUCUAUUUGAUGGAGACAUAGUGGAGAGUAACUCGAGAAGCUCUAUUUUGAGGAAGGAUGCCAGAUGGAACACUUCUAUCCCCUAUCUGCUGGACGAUACUCUUGAUCUGCAUUCCAAAGGUAUUAUUCUGAGGGCCUUUGAGCAGUUUAGGUUGAAAUCAUGCAUCAACUUUACCCCAUGGCAAAAGGAGGAUUACUUCAUCAACAUUCAGAAAAAGGAAGGGUGUUACUCUUAUGUCGGUAAAGUUUCUCCAGGUGGACAAACGGUUUCCAUUGGCUCUGGGUGUGCAUAUAUUGACACUGUGGAACAUGAGCUCCUUCAUGCCCUGGGCUUCUAUCAUGAGCAGUCCAGAUAUGAUAGAGAUGACCAUGUCACAAUAAUCUGGGAGAACAUUGACAAAGGGUUUGAAAACAAUUUCAAUAAACAGAGUGAGGAUUCCUCUAGCCUUCUCAACACUUCAUAUGACUACACAUCUGUCAUGCACUAUAGUGCAGACGCCUUCACCAAUGGAAAUGGAUCCACCAUCAUCACAAAGCAGCCAGAGUUUCAAGAUGUGAUUGGCAAAAGCGUAGAAAUGAGCUCAACAGACACUCUGGAACUCAACAGGCUCUAUAGCUGCAACACAUCAGUCUCUUUCUUUGAUCACUGCGACUUUGAAGACAAAGACAUGUGUGAGAUGAGAAUUUGUUCAAAGAUUUCUGCUGCAUGGGAGAGAGUGAGCCAAGAUGAUGGUGGCCCCCACUCUGACCAUACCUACCUGGACAAUUCCUCUCAGGGCAGUGGCUUCUUCAUGCACUUCAGCACCAUGACAGGAGAAGUGGGGGAUUCAGCCAGACUGACCACCAGGAGGAUGACUCCUGGUAGAUCAUGCCAGGUCCAGUGCCUUCAGUUCUACUACUACUACAGCGGGACUAAAACGGACCUGCUCAACAUCUAUAUCAGAGAGUUUGACAGCGAGGAGGACGCAGAAGGAACACAUAGACUCAUGGGUCAGAUCACAGGUUCUCCAGCUGAUUACUGGCAGAUCCACCAUGUUCCUCUGAAUGCCUCGAAGACCUUCCGGGUGGAGUUUGAGGGCCGCAAAGGAACAGGGCAGUCCAGCGGUGGCUUCUCUGUGGACGACAUCAACCUGUCAGAGACUGAAUGCCCCCAUCACACAUGGCAGAUCAGGAACAUUGAGAAGGUUUUGAACACCAGUGACUACGGGACCAUACUUUAUAGCCCAAGGUACUACUCAACAGAUGGCUAUGGCUUUCAGAUCCUGGCACAGCUAAAGACAACAGUCAUAGGUCUGUUUGUAAGGCUUGUGUCUGGAAACCAUGACGACAAACUGGAGUGGCCACUGGCGUGGAGGCAGAUUACGUUUCUGAUGCUGGACCAGAAUCCUGAUAUGCAGCUGCGCAUGUCCCAGCAGUGGAGCUUAACCACAGACCCAGCAAAGAUGAAUGGGAAGUUAUUUUGGGGGAACCCUCGAGAGGUUGGAAGCCUAACCCAAGUGAGUGACGAGACCUUUUAUGCCUCCUCUGGUAUUGGACAAGGAACCUUUAUGACCUUGGAAGACCUUCAGAAGAGAGACUUCCUGAAAGGUGGCGAUGCCAUCUUAUUUUUCACCAUGCAAGGAUGA